CGCCUGGCUGGGAGAAUGGUAGCGAGGAAACCACUCACCUGGAGGCUUUCGCCACUGCUCCCAUUGGAUAGGAAUCAUGACCAAAAGGGAACAGGAGGUGGUGCUUGGAAUGCGGUGCCUGAGAGCAGUCGGGAGCAUGGAGCCAGGUUAUAUACAUCACCAAAGAAGAAACUGGUCCCAGUGCAGAAAUCUGUUAGUCCAUUAGUUUGGUGCAGGCAGGUACUCGACUAUCCAAGUCCUGAUAUUGAAUGUGCUAAAAAAUCACUGAUCCACAGGCUUGAACAGACAAUGUCAGCCCUCAAGAGACAGAGUUUAUAUAGUAAUCCUUUCAAUGCGGUCAGUUACACAAGCUCAUAUAGUCCAAAUGCUGGUAGCCCUUACAGCAGUGGUUUCAACUCGCCUUCCUCAACACCAGUGAAACCUCCAUUAGCAAAACAGCUCAUAUUUCCUGGUAGCUCAGGUCAUUUUAAAUGUGCAGCAGAUAGAAAUCCUCCACUAAGCCCACAGUCCUCUAUAGAUAGUGAAUUAAGUGCUUCAGAAAUGGAUGAAGAUUCUAUUGGAUCAAAUUACAAGCUAAAUGAUGUUACAGAUGUGCAAAUUUUAGCACGGAUGCAGGAGGAAAGUCUGCGGCAGGAGUAUGCAGCAACUACUUCUCGACGUAGUUCUGGUUCCUCUUGCAAUUCUACCAGGAGAGGCACGUUUAGUGAUCAAGAACUUGAUGCACAGAGUUUAGAGGAUGAAGAAGACAGUACACACCAUGCAGUGCACCCCGCUGUUACCAAGUUCUCACCAUCGCCACGCAACUCGCCAUGGCCUUCACCAAAGCAGUCUCCCAGGAAUUCUCCUCGUUCUCGAUCACCUGCUCGAAGCCUGGAAUAUAGCAGAGUAUCACCCCAGCCUAUGAUUAGCCGCUUACAGCAACCUCGUCUUUCGCUUCAAGGCCAUCCUACAGAUUUACAGACUAGCAAUGUUAAAAGUGAAGAAAAACUAAGGCGUAGUCUUCCAAACUUGUCCAGGGCAUCUAACAUCCAUGCUGAGUCUGUGAAAAACAGCAGAAGUGAUUCAAAUUUUCAAGUGCCAAAUGGAGGAAUACCUCGCAUUCAACCUCAGGCCUCAGCCACUAUGCAAAGGCAGAAAAAUUUGCCUCGUGUUGCCUUCAAAACCAAACAGUUUCUUCAAACUCCAUCUACAAAAGGAGUACCUUCUCCAAGUAAAUUCCGCUCUCCUGCAGCACCAUCACCUCUGGCUCUCCGACAGCCAGUGAAAGCAUUUAGUAACCAUGGACCUGGUUCUGCUCCUGCUCCAGAAGCUACACAACUGACACACAGCAGUUCUUCACCAGGACCUCUUGCAACUCAGAAUUCAGGUUCUUCAAGCCCUGCCAGCAGCAUCAACAGUGCUACUUUUACCAGACCAGCAGGGUCAACAGGAGUGAGGAGUGGCUUGCCUAGACCUAGUGCCCCUUCUCCUGGGGGCAUACCAGUGCCUCGCAGCAAACUUGCACAGCCUGUUCGCAGAUCAUUACCGGCUCCUAAAACGUAUGGCAACAUGAAAGAUGAGAGUUGGAAAGAUGGCUGCUACUGAACACUGAAGCUUAAAAAUGCAAAGUUCAGUGGUUAAUGGACACUCCUUCACCAAGCUAAAACAGCUUGAUAUGCAGACUGUUCAGAUGUGACUUUCAGGAUUUGUAAAAUCCCAGACCUCUGUCUUUAUUUAGCACAAACUGGCAGAGAUUUUAAAGCAGCACUUUAAUGACAUUUAACAUCAUAUAUUUGGUGAUCAUACAAUCACUUUUAUGUGGCAUCACUAUCAUUGUGUUUUUUUUCUUGCUUGCUAAUAAUUGUCAAUUUGAGCAUUUAUGACAAUGGCCAGUGUUUGGGCAAAAACCUAACAAAUGCCAAAGAAAUGCCCAUCUUGAAAAAUAGCAAGUAAAACAGCAAAUUCCAAUUGUUCAAAACUUCAUAUUUAGUCAUUUAAUUUAGCAUUUGAUUAAUUGAUAAAUAUGUAUUCUUUAAACUUUAGCAUGUUAAUCAGAGUCAGCAUUCUGAUUGCAGAUCACUACAGUGCUAAUGAAACACCUACUUAAAACAAUUUCAGAAGAUUCUGGUUAGAAAAAGUGGUACACAUAUCCUUCAGAAAAAAUUCAGCAGUUCUCUCUGGAGGUAUCCUAGCAAUGGUAUUCAUGGCAUUGUGGUGUUAAAGGUUUGGAUGUAGCAGACAGACGUGCAUUCAGAUUUUGUAGGUUGCAUCCUUUCUGUUUGACACACCAAUUUUAUGUGCUCUUAUGUUUUGAUUGCCAAAAGGGCUUAGUAUCAGUUGUACAAUCUUUCUAAACUUGUAGUUCCUGGCUCAGGAAAGAUGGCCUUUGCUAUAAUACCACACUUUUAGCACACUACUCACUAUUUAGGGAAAACUUAUUAGAGGAGGUUUCCUUAAAAAGAAAGAGCAGGUUGUAUUAUCCAUUUGUUCUGAUAUCAUACCACCACAAUGUCUAUAGCCUGGAACAAGACUGUAUAUGCGAAUAGUUAAUGAGGAGGAAAGACAACUAUGCACUUGUAACAUACAAAUUGUAAGGAAAUGAGUUGUACUGUUGAUGCCAAAUGAUAUUCGUUUAAAGUAAUAUUUCAUGGUAUGAGGAGGUUUUCAGUAUCCUACUUUUUACUUUUAUUCAUUUCUUACAUUGGUUUAUUUUAAAUUGUAAAUAUUUUUGCAGAUGAUAUUGCCCAUGUUAGUGUUUUAACUAUGUACUUUGCCUUACAUAUCUGUAUCUUACCUUGUUUGGUGACAGAGUAUGACAUCUGCUACAUAUGUUUACAAGCUAUUCAGUUCCUCUAGUGGUUCUCAGACUUACCUAUUGACACUUACAUUGUUUUUAUCUAUUCUUAUUAGCACUCUUGCUAACAUUUUACUCAGUGGAAAAAUUCUUACAAUUUACAGACUGCUUUUUCUGUUCUAUUUUGGAAGAUUUGUAAUAUAAAGGUUUAAAACUAAAAAUGUGUUGGGAGGAUCAGUUAAACAGGGCGUACUGUUUCUUGUGUGUAGAAUUUUUCAGUACAAGAUUUCUGGAUGUAGUUUGCAGCAGUGGUUAACCUUUUGUACAAUGAAUGGAGAACAUUAAAAGCUUCAUGUUGGAUUGGAUGGUAGGUAGCCUUUAACCCCAUUAGUACCAGCAUUUUGAAGUGUAAGUGGAUUUUGACUCUCACCACUGAGAGGAUAAUUGAUCUUGGAAUUUCAGAGAACUCUACUUUUGGGUCAGCGUUUAACAUUACCGGAUGAAAAGCCAUGCAACACUACUUGAGAUGGGAAAAGCCAAAUAGAAAGUUUUAGGGAUGAGACUGCAGCUGUGACUACUCAAGCAGCGCAAAGUGUAUCAGUAAUGAAAGGACUUCUUAGUGACUAAAAGUGCAACCACCCUUGAAGCCAGGACAUCAAAUAAACUGUAAUUCAGUAGGAAACCUGCAACAGGGGUUAUUUUUUUU